AACAUUCAGGGUUGCCAUUACGUCGUUUUAGUUGGCCAAGCUAUACUUAGUGAGCUUCGGUUCCAGACUCGCACGUGUAUAUGCGAAGGAUGAAAGUAUAUCCAAAAUUAUAGCAUCAUUUAAUAAGCCGCUGAGCCUCUUAGCCCGACCGAGUAAAUACCUACCUAAUCAGUCGAUCGGUCGCCGAAGCCAUAGCCAAGUCGGCGUGUUCUAACAGGGCCCAUAACCACCGAAGUUCUAAAAAUGGAAAAUUACCAACAUUGGCAAUUGAAGUGUCUAAUAAUACUUAAAGUAGGUACUUUGUACUGUUAUUGAGCCUCUACCCGUGAGGCUCUCACAGAGACGAAUAUUCCUAGUAACUGUUCGGCUCACUAGAAGCUUAUUGUCGAUGAAGAUGUAUGUUAGGUUGUAAGAUAAGAGAGAACGUAAGUAGAAAUAUGAUUAAAGAAUCAUUACCACCGAGUGGCGUCGACGUCCACGAGAUAGCGAUAUUAGAUGCGAACGACAGCAAAAAAACCAUCGAUGGAAACGACAACCGAAACAACAAGUUCGCCUCGAUUAUCAUCCGAGCGAUCUCGACGGUGCUUGGCGUGAGUGUGGAUGAGAUCCACUACACCGCAGAUACCACUACCUUCAUCAAGCUUGGAGGCAACUCACUAUCCGCAAUCCUCAUCUCUGCAGAAUGCCAAAGAAAGGGGAUUUUGAUACCGGCCGGCGUAUUCCUGCGGAUAUCAACCGUGAAAGAGGUCAUAACAACAGCUGCGAGCUUGGCCCAACGUAUAUCAAGACCUAUACCUACAAUCAUAGUAACGGAGGAUACCAGCGACGAUGUCAACGGUGAUAUCAGCGGGGAUGAGGCAUCUAUAUAUACAGCGAUCACGACACCGGACCCGGAGACGGAAGACUUGUCUCUGUUUAGUUGUGGAAAGGAGGUUAUCACGGCAGAAAGCCUUCUGAGUACAAUCGACACCACCGAAUGGACAGAACCGCAGCUACUUCUGCUUCGGGAAACCUCUCAAAACCACAAGUUAAACAUAUUGACCAUACACGAGUCUUACACGGGCGACUGGAAUGCCCAAGACGUCUGCGACGCGUGGGCGAAUACGAUUCUAGCGGAGCCGAUUUUCAAGGAUCUCCUUCGCGACUUGGACGUUUUACCGCAGCAACUUUUGCUCCGAGAGAUAAUUCAAGUUGACAAUGAGGCCGAUUUCCAGAGAGAUAUUCAUCAUGCAAUUCACGCUACCGGUCCUAUAUCCAAACUCACAGUCGUACAGUCCUCUUCGCCUUCGGCAUCGGGGGAAACGGCGAAGUCUACUGCUGUUGUCUGGCGAAUACAUCAUGCGUUUAUGGAUGGCUACUCUGCCCGAAUUCUGCGCGAUAAAAUCACUCGCACCUUGCGAGGAGGGGAGUUUGGUGUCCCUGCGGGCCCAUCAUUUAGGGAGACUGUGCGUUCUCUGGGAGUCUUACGAGAAGAGAGAAGCGAAUCAACAAGGCGCUUCUGGGAUAACAAACGCGAGCAAUUUUCUGCUGCAAUUGGCGAGUUGCGCCUGAGUCCGCAAAGGAUAGCCAAGACAGCAGAGGUCCCCCCUCAGAAAUCUGUUACAAUCCAAUUUCCUAGUGAACAACUAGCAGAAGCCGUUACGCGGACGGGAUAUACCACGACGGUGUUCUUCGCUGCAGCAUGGGCUCUGACACUUGGCAAGUUCGUGGAUUCAGACCAGAUCUGCUUUGGAGUGGUGUUCUCAGGGCGCGAUUUGCCGAUCCCAGGAGCUUUUGAUGUCGUUGGACCUCUGAUUAACAUCCUGCCGCUAUUCGUACAAAUACCCACCAAAGGCGACGAGACCUCUGUUGAAACAUUCUUACGGCGGAUUCAUGAUGACAUUCUUGACUUAAACAAUGUCCAACAUUCAGACACCACAGAGGGAUUCGAUAGGAAAUUCCACUCCAUCAUGGCUACGCAGUUCGAAUGUGAUGAAGAGGAGGUCCCAAGCCCGAUACCUGUAGAUCGGAACCGUCCCGAUAUGCGAUCCGGGAUUCCUCUAAACAUCGUUAUCGAAGAAGAAUGCCGAUUACAGAUGCUCUAUUCGACCUCUUAUUUUGCAGACGAAGACAUGAACAACCUGCAGUCCGUAUUUAAAAACAGCAUGAACUGUCUUCUGCAAGGAAACGACGCAAAUCGACUAGUAUCGAGCGUAAACGAUGCGCUACUACCGCAGGAUAUGGAGAAGACGAUCAGAGACUGGAGUAACUGCGCCUCCUUCGAGACCUUGGAUGAAUCCAAGGGGGACGAUCUAGUAACGCUCUUCGAAAACGUCGUAGCGAGACAACCUAACGACCUGGCUGUCAUUCACGGCGAACUCGAGGUAUCCUACGACGACUUAGAUCAAGCGGCAGCCAUUGUCGCGCGGAAAUUAAGUUGGAUUGAACCCAACGAGGCCGUCUGCGUCUACGCCGACCGAUCAGUAAACUGGCUCGUCGCAAUCUUCGGCGUGCUGAAGGCAGGCGGAGUGUAUGCUCCGUUAGAUCCCUCGGCGCCAGUGUCCGUGCGGCAGGCGAAUUUCAUUCGGAGCGGGGCGCGCGCCGUGCUUGUUCCCUCGCGAGCUACAUCUCAAAGCGUCGUCUCAUCGCGAAAGGAAGAAGAUGAUGCAGCUCCGUUCCAAUGUCUAGUAUUAGGUGUUGAUGAUAUACUCGCGGCGGACAGCGCCCAGGCGCGCAAUGGCUUCUCGGCGUAUUAUCCAAGGAGGCGUAUUGCCCGCCCAGAUGAUCUCGCCUAUAUCUGCUUCACGUCUGGAUCGACUGGACAGCCUAAAGCUGUACAAUGUACUCAUAAGGGCUUAGUGGCCUUUCAAAAGGACCGGAUUAUUCGUCUAGGUGCUUCGAAAGGCGUCGUGGUUGCCCAGAUAAUGUCUCCCGUCUUUGACGGCAGCAUACAUGAAAUAUUUUCUGCAUUGACGCAUGGCGCCACGUUGCGAUUGGCGUCGCCUGAUCAUCAGGGAGACCCCUUUUCGCACUUGCGGGAUAGCGAUGCGGCUAUCUUGACUCCGUCUAUCGCCAAGGCACUUGAUCCAAACCAGUAUCCUCGACUGAAAAAUGUUUACCUCGUCGGUGAAGCCGUUCCCCAGUCCCUUUGUGAGACGUGGACUAAGAACCGCUCACUGUACAACAUGUACGGACCAACGGAAACGACUUGUGGCGCGACGAUCAAGCAGCUAUUCCCGAACGAAGCCGUCUCCCUUGGUCGACCGAACCAGUCGAGCAGAGUGUACAUUCUCGAUCUUAGUCUUAGUCUACUCCCACCCGGCGCAGUUGGCGAGUUGUAUAUUGCAGGAAUACAAGUAUCACGUGGAUAUAUCAAUCUGCCGGAGCAGAAUGCGAGCCGCUUCCUAGAGGACUCGGUAAUGCCCGAGACCGGUCAGAAGAUGUAUAGGACUGGCGAUUAUGCUUAUUGGAACAGCGCUACUGGAGAGAUCUGCAUCCUCGGACGCAAAGACCGGCAGAUCAAGUUAAAUGGCUUCAGACUGGACCUCGAUGACUUAGAAGCACGAGUCGUAAAGGCCAUUCCUGGAUGUGGCAGUGCUGCGAUAUUCCGUCGCGACGAUCAUCUCAUAGCAGCGUACCAAACUAAUUCACCUAAUGCAGUCAGCGCAUUGGAUGUGAAGGCGUUUGUCAGUAAUGCCUUACCCCCGUACGCUAUGCCCCGGAGGAUCGUCGCAUUUGAAGAGUUCCCUCUUACCGCGGCGGGCAAGCUUGACUACAAGACGAUUGAAAAGUCCAUCAGUGCAAGUCUUGCAGAUACUAAGAUGGAACCUCAAACUCAGAAGAGGGUUAUGAAUGCGACUGAGAAAAUGGUCGUGGAUGUCAUCCGCGACCUGAUGAAACUUGACCAGAGCGUACCUGUAGAUCAAGACUCGAACCUCACGGAGCUUGGCUGCCAUUCUAUACUGCAGCUACAAUUGGCGAGUCGAAUAUCGUCACUCAUUCAGCGGCACUUUGCGGUACGAAAAGUCAUCGAGAACCUUGUAGUAUCACGUCUGGCAUCUGCCAUUGAUGAUGCACUGAGAGAAGAAAGUGUACUUGAUCUUGCCGUUCCAGGGCAACCAUCGAGUCUUGCUUCUGGCGGUAUAAAGGCUCUCGGAGAAAGCGAGGUAUCACCUAUCGAACGCGAUUGGUUUUCGAAAUACCAGCGAAAUCUUGGGACAUCGUCGUUCAACGUAUCCCACGUCUCGGAGUUGGACGCGUCCUUUGACCAACAUCAGGCAUUAGUAUCAGCUUGGAAUGUCAUCCUUGCAAGACAUGAGAUUUUACGCUGUAGAUUUCGCCAAUCGGCAGACGGUAGUGUAGAAAGGUCCUAUGCAGCCGAAUCUCCCAAGGCUGUAUACGUCGAGGAUUUCGACGUCCGAGCUGCGAUCAACAAGGAAUUCUUGCUUGAGACGGAAGACCCGAUCCGAGUACUGGUCUCGAAACGCCACAUGCUGGUUUGUGUGAGCCAUAUCAUAUGCGACUACACAACUCUCGACCGUCUAUUUGAGGAACUUGCGGCGGUAUAUUUCAAUGAUUAUAUUGAAGAAUUAUCCUCAGCCCCUCAGAAACGAUACCAGGACACGACUUGUUGGAAUCUCGACGUCGAUCAAGCCACGGCUGAUUUCUGGAAGUCGUACCUAUCCGGCGUCGAUUUUGCAGAAAUGCCGCCAUAUAUGAAAAAGCCUCGCACUUCAUACCACGGAGAAUCGCUGCUAUUUCGACUCUCAAAAGACACAAUGUCAAGCCUUCACACAGUCUCGCGUUCGCUACGUCUUACACUACAUCAGAUCGCUCUGGCAGUCGUGUCCCUAGUGCUUCAGGCUGACAAUCCGUCAAAGCAAGACUUAUUCCUCGGCAGUCCUUACCUCGGGCGACAGGAAGAAGACAUCCGUACUAUCGGACUUUUUCUUCAACCGCUCCCGAUUCGUAUCCGGAGACAGUCGGACCAAGACGGGGGUGAUUUCAAGGGAGCCUCUUUAGCUACUUUCCUCCAGGCUGUGCAAGAAUCCUCGCGUUCAGCCCUCGGUCACGCCGUCGAGUGGAGCUCUCUAAUGGAUAUUCUUGCGUCUUCAGACGACGAGAAAUUACGAGCAGCUGCGGCCACAGCGAUUCCCAAUAAUCCGCUGUUCGACGCCAUGGUGACUUUCCACGAGCUCGACACUACCGGAAAAUCGUCGUCGUCCACUAUUCCCGGAAUCCAGCCGUUAGUGAACUGGGCCGAGGGUGCCAAGUUUGGCAUCAUGUUUGAAUUCUCAGCCGUCAGCUCGUCAUCAGUAACGCUCCGCGUCGAGUACGACACGUCGCUGUUUUCGUCAGACGAAGUGCGGCUCUUUGUUGCGCGGAUCGAUGCUGGGUUUAGAUAUUUCUGCGAAAACCAGGCAUCUGUUAAACUUGGUGACUUGGAAGGUAAACUUUUGGAUGUUGGAGUUGGGGGUUUGUCUGGCGGGAUUGAGGAUGUGGAAUUUGGUACCCCUAUUGCGGCUUUGACAUAGGGGUAGUCCACGGGGGUUGAUUAGGCUUGAUUGCCACGGCGUUAGGGGCUAUGAUUGAACCCGUUUUACAGUAGGGGCGUGAUACCAUUUUUCAUGUUUAUGGAGUAGGGGGCAUAACUACCAGUUUAUUAUUUUCAUCUUUUUACAUUUUAUAGUUUACUCUUAUAUUCUACCUUCUUCUGUCAAUAUUGAUCUUACAUUUUACUAACA